AUGGACAUCUCAUCAUCCCAGGCGGCGUCUCGCUCUCCAGUAGCCGUUAUCGGCGCCGGACUGACAGGUCUUUCAGUCACCUUGUCCCUGCUACAACACCACCUCUACGAUCCCCCAAACAUCACCAUCUAUGACCUCCGCCACCCCGACACUCCCGACCCGGCCAAUGCGUCCGGCGUGGUCCUCACACCCAACGGUCUGCGCGUGCUCGACUCGUUGGGUGUGCUGCCGCGGAUCUCGUCCCGUUGCUGGCUCUCCGAGUAUCGCACGUACAAGAACGAGCGUGACGAGACGACCCGGAAAACGCUGAUCACGAACGAGGCCCUCUACGGGUACAAGAAUCACCGGUUGUGGAGGCGGAUCCUGGUCGAGACGAUGCUGGGCAUGGUGAAGGAGCGAGGCGUCAGGGUUUGUUGGGGGACGAGGUUUGAAGGCGUUGUGAACGAGGUGGAGGACGGGGUUACGUUCAGAGUUGAUGGGCGGGUUGAGUCGGUUGGGAUGCUGAUCGGGGCCGAUGGGAUUCAUUCUUCGGUGAGGAGGUAUGUCACUCCAGACGACCCAGGGCCCGAGUACACGGGUAUUGCAGGUGUCUUGAGUCAUAUUCCCUGGAACUCUGUUGACUGGCCGUACGAACACUACGAGCGCGCAUGCACCAUCCAGGGGAAGCCCGGAGCGUUGGUUCUAAUGCCUGAAGAUCGGGAGGGAAGCGUAGUCAUGGUGGCAUUGCAGAUUAGAAUGGAAGACCGCAGUCGCGAGCAGUGGGAAGCGCUGGCCCAGGACAAGGAGUACUUGCGUGAUUUCUAUGCAAACACCCGAGACAAAUGGGAGAGCCCAACCGCAAGAGCGAUCAUCGACGCCGUCUGUCAGCAUGUCGACACAACCUUCUUGUGGCCCUUUAUGCGAAUGGCACCGCUGAAGAAGUGGUUUUCAAAGAAGGCGGGCAGAGUCAUCAUCAUGGGCGACGCCAGCCACGCAUUGCCUCCGAGCAGCGGCCAGGGCGUGAACCAAGCCCUGGAGGAUGUGUAUGCUCUGACUAGGCUGCUUCUCCUGCUUCAGUCACAGCCAAACCUGGGGCUCAAGAACGCGUUGUCGUUCUGGCAAUCCCUGCGACAGGCACGUGUGGAUGCGGUCUUCGACUGGGCCACGAACAAGACCAACGUCCAGCGUUUGCCUCUGGCGGACAGAGAGAGGCUUGUCCGCGACGGCAAAGUCGUAGAUGCCAGCAAUGUUGACAACUUUGACGACAUGCGGUGGCUGUAUGCGCCGGACACUGACAAAGUCAUCGACGACUGGGUGGCGCAAGCAACAGGGGUAAAUGGCUGGACGUUAGACUAA